ACAGCUAGGGUUUGAAUUUAUAAGCUGAUAAAACCCAGCUCUGCAGAGCCGUCUUCCGUCUUUGAGAACAGCUAAACCCUAAGGGCCUCCGUCACCGGCGACAAUGGGUAUCUCUCGUGAUUCUAUGCACAAGAGACGCGCUACUGGAGGAAAGAAGAAGGCUUGGAGGAAGAAGAGAAAGUAUGAGCUUGGCAGACAGCCAGCAAACACAAAGCUGGUGCCAAAUGCUAAGACUGUUAGAAGGAUAAGAGUCCGAGGAGGUAAUGUGAAAUGGCGUGCUUUGAGGUUGGAUACCGGAAAUUACUCUUGGGGUAGCGAGGCUGUUACAAGGAAGACUCGUCUAUUGGAUGUGGUGUAUAAUGCCUCUAACAAUGAGUUGGUUAGGACACAAACCCUGGUGAAGAGUGCAAUUGUUCAGGUUGAUGCAGCUCCAUUUAAACAGUGGUAUCUCCAGCACUAUGGAGUUGAAAUUGGUCGCAAGAAGAAGACUGCUGCUUCCAAGAAGGAAGGAGAGGAGGCUGAGGCUGCACCAGAGGAGAAGAAGAGUAACCAUGUUCAAAGAAAGCUGGAAAAGAGGCAACAGGAUCGCAAGCUUGACCCGCAUGUUGAGGAGCAAUUUGCUAGUGGGCGUCUGUUGGCUGCAAUCUCAUCACGACCUGGCCAGUGUGGUCGUGCUGAUGGUUACAUCUUGGAGGGAAAGGAGCUUGAGUUUUACAUGAAGAAACUUCAGAAGAAGAAAGGGAAGGGUGCCAGUGGUGCUGCAUAGAGUUGCAGGCUCCAAUUUUUAAAUUAUCAGAACAAAUUAGAUUGGUUUUUCUUCCCUAUUCAACAGUCUUGCUUCAUUGGAAGGGAAUGAUAAACUUCUUGUAUCAGAUUUAGAUUAGAUUCAAGUUUGUUUUGCAUAUGAUGGUUAACUGAGAAUUUUGAGAACGACUUCAUGAAAAAAAGAAUUUUGAGAA